CGCGAAUGGCCGCUGUAGCAGCGACAUCUGACAACCAGGAGAGCACCUGACGUCUCAACAUCCUCGUUAGAGCUACGUCCAUAGCUGCGCACAUCGGCCUAAAAUAUUUCUAAGGUUACACCUUCAACUUGCGAUCCUUGACAGCUUCACUAGAUCAAAUCAAUUAUACUAGGUACUAAGAACAUUGAACCAGCCAUUCUGCCGAACGCCGAAAGCUUACUUCUCGUAAGUUGCAAGGGGCAAUUUUGAAUCUUGAACCAACAAAGUCGAUCGCCCGUUUUGUUGCUAUUCAACUUGUCGCAUUGUCGCAUCACUUUUCCUGAAGCUUUAGACAUGUUAUUACUGAGAGAAUUGCGACGAUAGUAUGAAGGCAGUCCUUCCAGGCCAGCCCGAAGCUAGCCUUCAAGCUGUGUCGACCGGCUACUGGGACGGGAAGCGCAUUAUCGUUUACAUCACAGGCAACGCUCUAGCUAUCCUCUCCGACCCCGACACGAUCCUCCAAACCAUAUACGACGAUGAUGAGCGAAGUCUUGAGGCUGUCUCCUUCGACGAGUCGUCAGGGAAGAUAGCAGCUUGUACAGAUGCGACAGUGAGGGUAUACCGACCCUUGAGCCAUGGCGACGACGGCGACUCACCAAAGUGGGCUUUACAAACAUAUUUCGAGGUUGGCCACGGUUCAACACCCCUAACACUAUCAUGGGGAAGCUCUGAAGAGCUCCUCGUCGGACGAUCCUCUCUCUGGCUGUACGAUACGACUACGACGCCCGCUUCUUGUCAUUGGCAACAGGGGCUUGCUAGUCCUGCGAAAGCCGCGAACCUCUCUUACGACUCAUCCUACAUUGCUUCCGUCGGAUACCACGAUCGGCUAGUGAAAGUGUGGCGCAGAUUGAACUUCGGCGCCGAGGAAGUGCACUUUGACUUUGGCUAUCUUCCGCACCCGAAAGCCGUUACUACUAUGCAAUGGCGGCAGCCCUCCUAUGUUGGCCAAACGAUCGAAAAUGUGCUCUAUACAUUUUGCGCCGAUAACGUCAUGCGCGUGUGGACAGGUGCGGAUGGCUCCAACUGCCAGUCGCUACACCAAUGGGGGAAAUUGGAUCUGGCCGCGGCGAUACGGAACGAACACGAGACACGCAAACACUACUUGAGAUGGGCCUUUAUCCUCAGCCAGCGGGACCUUGCCAAUGCUGCAGAAAGGGCUGUCCAAGAAGAAAGGGAUGGCGAAGCAAAAGAAGACGUUGCUCUACAGUACUUGCUAUCCAUCGCAAACAGAGAUACGGAAAUCUGUGUCGUCUUUGACGGACAUGGAAGUAUGUCGUCCUGGGCCUUGGAGAAUAUAAGUAGCAAGUCCAGGGGUACCGAGAACGUGGACAAUGUCGCCUAUGUUAAGUCGAAGGACUUUGAUUUUCUCGGGUCCUCGACGGGAAACUGUCAUGUUGAGAUCCUCAGUUACUGCAAUAAAAACGCAGGCAACCUGCAUAUGCUAUUUCAUCACUUCGAUGGAAAGGUAGAAGUUUUCCAAAGCAACAUCGCAGAUUUUCUCGAUCCUACUGCUCACCCCAAAAACCGCUUGGUUCCUUGCGCAACCUGGUCUGGACAUUCUGCUUCCGUUAAGAAAAUUGUGCGAAACUUUAGCGGUCGUGCGGUCGUAUCGAGAACCGAGAAAGGGGAAAGUAUUGUAUGGAGACAUACUCCCGGCCCGCUGCGGACGAGGUUGUUACGACAUAACGUGAUUCCAGAGACACGGCACAUUCAUCGAAUAUGCCUGAUCAGAGGCGGCAGAUUCGUCGUUUUUCUACAUCACGACAGCAUCUCAGUUUGGGAUUGUAGGUCGUCUACCCAUACACUACUUGCAGACUGCAAAUUCGAUCUUACUGGUAAACCCCUUUGUAUCCUCGUGCUUCCUCGGGAGAGAGCCAAUGAUGAUUCUGUUGCACAUCUUGCAACUGUCACUUCAGAACAACGAGGCAUUGUCUGGGAACUUCACUUACCUCUGAAAGACGGGGAUGCUGCUAAACCACAAACCAAUGGUUAUGAACCGCGCCUUCGAGAGUUCUGCACAUUCAAGUUGGAUGAUGCCGGAGAUCUCGCUUAUGUCUUACCAGUUGACCCUGCAGGGUCUUCGCCGGUUAUAUCUAGUUCUUUGGAUGUAUUUGCUCGUGACGUUGCCAUAUCGUAUACUCACAGCGGGCGCGUCGAAUUUUGGACUGCUAGAAUAUCUCGAGAGAAAAACCGAGUUGAAUGGCUUUCGACAUCUUCAAUGGAGACAGGCGUGUCCGAGCCUACGUUAGCUAGCGGUAGCACGAUGAAGAAAGCUGCCUUAGUGAACGGAGACCGUUCGGAACUGACAAUCUGGGAUAUUCGAGGGGCCCGAUUGGAGUACAAGCAGGAUUUCGAAAACAACAAUACCGUACAAGAUCUUGAUUGGACGUCUACCCCAGACUCACAAUCAAUACUUGCUGUUGGAUUUCCGUAUCGUAUUAUUCUACUCUCACAAAUGCGAUUCGACUAUCUAAAUAAAGGGCCAGCAUGGGCUCCUAUCCGAGAAAUCAGCAUCCGGGAUUUCACACCUCACCCUAUUGGGGACUCGACUUGGCUUAGCGAUGGCAACUUGGUCAUUGGUGCCGGUAAUCAGCUAUUCUUAUAUGACAGGACGUUCGGGACAACCGACCGAUUAAUAUCACACGCCCGAGUGCCUCAUCGUAAGAAUGCAACGAGAGACCUAUUCGAUAUUGUUCAAAGAUUGAACGGACCGUUACCCGUCUUCCAUCCUCAAUUUCUCAGCCAGUGUAUAUUAGCAGGAAAGCAUACUCUGGUCAAGCGCAUACUCCUAGCUUUAAACCACACAUUGAAGUAUCACGUGGAAGGAGACGUGAUCGAUGACUAUUUAGGUCUCGAUCUGGCGGAAUUCUACAUAGGCAAAGUAGUCUCCAUGUCUACUAAUGGAAACGGCUCGUCCUAUCUUGUAACUCAAGCGUCGUUUGAUGAUAAUGACGAAGUCUUCACUGAGGACAUCGCGAUGACUAUCUGUGAGAAGCUCCAACAAAUAACAAUACCUCAACUCUCUGGCCACGAACAGAUUCAGUUGCUCGACAUUGUUGAGUGUUUAGGGGUGGUAGAAAAACAGCGUCGCUCGAUGGACGAAAACGGGUCAAGGUUCAUGCUGUUCUUCCGGCAGCACGCGUUGAGGAAGAGAAGAACUAACGAAAUCCACAUGUCGUGGAGGGAGAUUAACUGGGCUUAUCAUUCCACCAGUCAGGAUAUAUUAACAGACUUCGUAUCUCGUCAGUAUCAUGGCACUUUACUGUGGGAAAAUGCGCGAGAAAGCGGAAUGUUCAUGUGGCUUACGGACGAGGCUGCUGUGAAAGCACAGUUUGAAAUCGUAGCUCGUAAUGAGUACACGAAAAGCGAGAUGAAGAACCCCGUAGACUGCAGUGUCUUUUACCUUGCCUUGAAGAAGAAAACUGUCCUUCAAGGUCUCUGGCGCAUGGCAAGUUGGAAUAAGGAGCAAAGAGCAACACAACGACUCUUGGCGAAUAACUUUGAUGAUCCCCAAUGGAAAACCACGGCAUUGAAGAACGCGUACGCCCUGCUUAGCAAGCGCCGUUUCGAAUAUGCCGCUGCCUUCUUCCUCCUGGCAAAUCACUUGCAAGAUGCGGUGAAUGUCUGUCUAAACCAGAUCAAAGAUCUUCAGCUUGCCAUUGCUAUUACAAGAGUGUAUGAAGGCGAUAAUGGCCCGAUACUUAGAAGGUUGCUCGAGAAUGAAGUUCUCGCCGUCGCGGCUCAGGAAGGCAACAGGUGGCUGGCGUCGUGGGCCUUCUGGAUGUUGAAGCGGAGAGACAUGGCCGUUCGCGCUCUGAUUACUCCCGUUUACACAUUGCUGGAAUCCCCAGUCUCGUCGAGCAAUUUGGAGGCCAAGCUCUUCUUAACGGAUGAUCCGGCCCUGGUCGUAUUGUAUUCCCAACUUCGACAAAAGACCUUGCAGACUCUCCGCGGAGCGUCGAAGGUGAUGCCAAGGACUGAGUGGGAAUUCGUCUUGCAUAAUGCGAGACUUUACGAUCGUAUGGGCUGUGAUCUGUUGGGUCUUGAUCUUGUCCGCAAUUGGGAGUUUCUUCGACAACUGCCAUCGACGGAACCGAGUUUUGGCGGAGAAAUCGAUCCCAGGAAAAUGCUCCGACGUCGCAGUUCGCUGGUUGUUCAAGACAUGCCUAUGUCGCCCCUUGCUCCGGGAGAAAUGAAGACGGGAAGUCAUGGUGUCAGGCCGCCGCCGAGCGUGUUUGAAGAACCGGAUGCCAACUCAUUGCUAGACAGUUUUGGAUUCUAAAAAAAGGGAUUACCUGUAGUAGGCAGGCUAGAUUGCAGUGGACGCUCCUCAGAGUAAUAUCCAGGUGUCGGUAUUGCAUUAGCGUUGGUGGGCUGGCUUCCGAUGGUGUAUCUAUCUAAUUGUUCUGGCUGGGUAGGUAUGGAUACGGUGUGCGAGAUGGCGUUUAUAAAAUGCGUCUAAUGCGGAUCAUAUUCUACAAAUACGUACUUGCAAGACCCAAGUAUAGAUAGACAAGAACUGGGGAUCUGGAAGUGUAUUAUUAGUGUAUUUGGAGGUAUACUAACAGAAUUCGAGUACUACUAGAAAAGGGGGGUGUGUAUCAUGAGUCAGCUACCCCAGUUAGCAUUAAUAAGCACCUGCAUUCGGAGUUCAG